AGAAGCGUCCGGUUGCACCUCCCGGCGUACGGCGGCCGGCGUGGCUCAAACCUCCCCGCGUCUCUUCGCCGCGCAGGGGUUGCGGUGACGGCGGGAGAGCGGGCCGGGCCGGCGGUAGGAGCCCCAGCGGCCGGGCGCUGAGGGGCCGGCGGCGGCGGGGCCGGCCGGGCCGGGGGGGGACACGCUGUCGGUUGUCCCCGGCGCGGGUGGGCGCAGGGUUGCGGGCGUGUGAUGCGCGUUCGCGGUAAUAAAAUGUGAGACGCUUCGGAGAUGUGAAGAGGCCGCGGCUGUGUCCUGUCUGGCGACAGCUGUCCCUUGUCCCUGACAACGGCAGGAACCGGCCGUCGCUGCCUGCUCAAGGACUCCUCAGUCCGCGGAGCUCCGAAAUGUCCCCCGUGGGAGCAGGGGUAGUCGAGUACCGGAGCCUCCAUGGGCCUCCACGCGCCUGCGUGCGGAGCCAGCUCUCCCUGCCGCUCGCCUGCCCGGUCUGUCGGCUGAAAGGAGGGCCGGCUGCUCUAAUUAAUUGGUAAAUUGAGAAAUGCACACCGAAGAAGUAAUCAUGUGGCCCCACUGACACGCACGGGUUCCUGCAGGAAUUUGCAAGCAUGUGCUGGCAUAAUCUUUAUCCAGUUAAGAAUCAGAUCAGGAGAAGCCUUGAUUCCUGUAAUUGUGGUGACUGGGGGAGAUGAAGUACUGUGUUCUCAUACAGGCUGAAGAACGAUGGCUUCCUUCAGCAACCUGACUAUUGGCAUUGCUGUUGCCAGUUUUACCGUAUUUCAGCUCCUGUUCCAUGUUUUAAGUUCUUGGGUGUCAACACGAAUAACACCUGGUUUUAACAAUCUCAGCCAAAAAAGAAAGAUCGAAUGGAAUUCAAGGACAGUGUCCACAUUCCACGCCUUGGUGGUUGGUGGGUUUUGCCUAUAUAUUUUGUUGUUCGAUGACGCUGUUAAUGCUGACCGUCUCUGGGGUGACCCUUCAAUUGUGAAACUGAAUAUUGCUAUUACCACAGGCUACCUCAUUUCUGACUUGUUGCUUAUUAUUUACUACUGGAAGGCAAUUGGUGACAAAUUUUUUGUAAUACAUCACUUGGCAGCUCUGUAUGCUUACUAUUUUGUACUGAGCAAAGGUCUGUUGGCUUAUUUUGGAAACUUCCGUCUGCUUGCAGAGUUCUCCACUCCUUUUGUCAAUCAGCGGUGGUUUUUUGAAGUACUAGGAUAUCCCAAGUCUUCGAAGGCCAACAUCAUCAACGGUGUGCUGAUGACGGUUGUGUUCUUUGUGGUGAGGAUUGCUGUCAUGCCUGUAUAUUACAGCCAUGUAAUUUCUUCGUUUGGAACAGAAGGUUUCCAGAAAUUAGGAUUUGCAGCCCAGAGCGCCUGGAUUAUCUCAAGUGUUGUCUUGGAUGUCAUGAAUGUGAUGUGGAUGGUUAAAAUUGCAAAAGGAUGCUACAAAGUCAUUUGUCUUAUCGGACAGGAGGAAGCCAAAACUCAUAGAAAUGGAAAAUCUGACUAGAAAUCAUAUGCAUAAAACGAAAUUUCCGAUAAGAGAAUAAUUUGGUUUCACUGAAACAGUGCACAUUUCCGCCAUGGAAUGCUCCUCUUAAGGAAACAAGGUAUUACCUCUGUGCUGACCUUACUCUUUCCCUAGCCACACUGCCUGCGCACCCAGGGCCACGCUCUACGAAUCCUGUCUGGUGAGGAAUGAAAGCAAAAGCUCACACAAAUGAGUGCCACGCGUCUGUUCUAAGCAGUUACAAACUACUGGAAUUAGAAAGGAGCAGACUGGUUACUUGCUUGUUGUCCACCAGUGUGUUCGAAGUGUUUCACUCAGGUUUCUCAGAUCAAUGUGUUUUAUAAAUUCAGUGAAUACUGACAUCUCUCUUUUUUUAGAAAACAGAAAAAAUCCCCAAACUCCUGAUAUGGUGCAAUUUUCCUGGCACGUUUCUAUGUUUUCUUCUAGGAAUAACAAUCAAGAUUUCAUUCUUGACAACUUUUUAAUUUUUUGCAAGAAAAGCUAAACAUUUAUCUUUGAUUCUAUGAAGUCUUUUACUGCUUUUUGUUCUGCCUUAUAUGAAUGCAAGCCAUUUUGUGAAAUUUAUGAAAUAAUUUUAUCUGAAGUGCUGUAUUAUAAGACUACAUAAUAUCUUAAAAAUUGUUAAAAUGACAUGAUUUUGAUAGGAGGGAUUCACUUUUGCUGUGUUAGAUUACAUGCAAUAGUUUAUCUUCUAAAUUGCCCGUGGAAUUUUUUUUGGAAUUAGUAUGGUAAAUGAUGUGUGGAAUCAGCAUAAUUCUUCCUGGAGUGCUUUUUCCUUUUCUGCUGCUACCUUUGAGAAGUGCUGCAACUCUCCUCAGAGUAUUUUUAACCAUUGCCUAUCUGGAUGCAAAGUUUAAUUGUAAAGAGAUAAAAUUCUUCUGUAUAUGUGAUGUGUACCUUACAGUAGUACUUUUUCUUUUAUCACAGAAAUGACCCAUUUUAUAUGAAGUGUUGAGGAGUUUUUGUCACAUUUCCCUUGUUAAUCAGAUCAGAAACCUGAGGGGUUGACUAAAAACAUUCUUGAAUUAACUGUGCCAAACUUCUGUAAAGCUGUGCAGUAAUUCUGUAGAAUGACAGUUCAUUGCUGUAGGCACAACACUACCUUUUUUAAAUCACGUACUUGUCAUUAGAUACUCUCUUCCUUCUUCUGCAAACUUUAAAGGUUUGGAGGGCAUCAGAGGGGGCGUCUAGGAAUAGUCUAGAAUCUAAUUUAUAAUACAAUUUGAGGAAAUUCCUGGUUUUAUUUUUAAAUUAUUUUCAGAGCUGUAUUUGUGUGUAGUUUGGUUUGUUUUGAUUACUUUAGACCACAUCUGAGUUGAGACUGAUUAAUUUCUGUUUUUUUCCUUGGGGUGUAUGUGAGGUUUUUUGUUUUGGUUUUUUUUUUUUGUUUGUUUGUUGUUGUUUUUUUUGACAUGGCUUGUUAUUUGUUGUACCUUCUGGUAAGAUGUGCUAGAAGUAUCCGUUUUCACUCAGUACUUUAGCGCACAUCCCGAUUGUUGGAGCAGGCUGUUUAAGCAAUUUGUUAUUAAACAAAAAGAUAAAAUGUUUACCCUCUGUAGGAUAAUUAGUUUUCCUCUUGUCUCGUUCCCUCUAACAAAGCUGGGUGACGUGGGCUCUCCACUCUGUGGUCGGAGCCGCGAGUAGUACGGUGCUCCCGGGUGAGGGAAGGGACACGGCGUUCCCGUCUUCCAGGAAUGCGAUAUCUGUGAGACCCCGAGAGGAUGCCGAGGCUGAAAUGCCGUAUGACCAGGGUGGCUGCGAUGAGUUUAGUUCCCCAGUCAAAAUGAAGUCAGGGAGUGUUGUUUGGGCUCGCGUAAUACGUGCUUUUAUAAGCAUCCUUCCACUCUUGAGCUGGGUGGGCUUUUUUCCAAAUCCGUUUCCCAAUCCUGCCUUGUUAAGGGAGAUAUCAAGGAUUGCUAAUACUUCUAUUUUUUGGACUCUGUACUUAUUAAUACUUCACAAGCCUGCAGACAAAAGGUCUGUUUAUGCCUUGGGAAAGUUAGCAAUGAAUCUGUUUAGCUGGAUGAUUUGAGUGCGCGCAGGAUCUUUCUUGGGUACCAGCAAAUCCAGUCUUGGAGAGCUGAUCCUGUGACCUGCUUUGCUGAAACAGACAGACUCCCUUUUAUACUAAUGUGCAGAACCCGGUAUCUUUUAAAAUACUGAUUUCAUUCUAUCUAACGCAAAAUCUGGGCUACGUACAAAGGCUCUAUGUUUCUAUCACCGUUAUGAUUUAAAGGUGUACACGAAAUACUUUUUUCAUGUGCUUUUUAAGCCACUAGAUCAGGGAAUCACUUUGUUAUACCUUGUUCCUUUCCAAAAUAAAUUUUAAAUAGAGUAAAUACAAACAUUUAGAGAACAUGUUUGAAAGUAUAAGUCUGCUUUUGUUAUUUGGGAGGUAGGAUGAAAAAAAAAUUGAUAAGAUGAUUUGGAGCAACUCUCAAGGUCAAACCUCAUGAAAACUUUUUGAAAUUCAUCCCUUCUUAGCACGAAUCUUUACUAUUUCAGUAUUUUAAAUUUUUUGUUUUCAGUGGAGAACGUUGACUAAAAUGGUCCAUCUCCUUCACUUCUAGAUAGACUUCCAGAUAGUCAGAUAGGGGAAAAAAGCAAAGUAAGUUAAGCUAUAAUAAAAUCAUGUUAAAACUAGACUGAAAGGCAAAAAACCCACACCCAAACCCCUGCAUAAUACACUUUGGACAACAAUCCAGAAUGGAAGGGCAGUGGGAUAUUUAUUUUAAAAUGUAAUAUUUUGGAUUGCUGUACAAAAUUACUGUAAUUAAAACAAUAUUUUACAAUGCAUUAGGUUUAAAUCUUCUAAUUUUUUUUUAAUGUAUUAUGGUUACGUUCUGAUGCAUUUACUAUGUGUCAGAAGACAACUUGCUAACGAAAAAAAUUAUUAACACCUUUUAUUCAGUAAGGACUGCAGUAAACAGGCUGCAAAGUUGUCAUGUACUUAAUACAUUAGUGUAGGGCACUUUUUACCUGCCACUAAAAGCUUAUAAUACAGCAAAUUAGAUAGCUGAGGCACCCAUUUUUCAAUUGCACUUUAUUAAUUUAAAAACUGUGGUGAAGUAUUGAUAAAACUUAAUGUUGCAAGUUUGUAUCUUUUGCUUUUUUAUGCAAAAAAGUAAAUGCAUGAUCAGCAGCACCAUAAUAAAUGCUACCUUUAGAAUGUAAUAUUACCUUAUUAGUGGCUUAAAACUUCUGUUUUUAACAGAUACCUUGUCUAGUGUAAAAGCAGACUCUUGGUGUGUCACCGGGUGUCUCUGCCAUGGACAUAUCAAAUGGAAGGAGUUAACCUUGUAAAAAACACUCAGAUAUCUUGUUUUUCUUUUCUUUUACAUUCUUCAGUACCAGGUGACAUAAAAUUAGCACAACGAUCAUGGAAGAGUCUAUUUGGAGCGGUAAGGCUGUAUGUAGGAAUGCAAGCUUCCCUUUUUUAUGGCUUUACUUUUUUGUCAAAAGAUGAGUAAGUACCACUUUCAGAACAACUACGGGGGAAUGGCAUGUCAAGAUUUGCUUUUAUAAUUGAUUUGUGGAUACAGUACUUGCAGAGAGGAAAUGUACUUCAAAUACUCAUUUUUCUCGGUGAGCGUUCCAGUGGAUUUGAAUGAAGUCGAGCACCUUACACUACAGAGAUGCUUUAUGGGUUAUCUGUGCGCAUUCCUCAGUGGUAAGAAUUACAUCUCUGAAGCCUACUCUACCUCUACAAACACAUGCUAUCUUGAGUGAGCUCAGUAAUUUAAUAACUUAAUUGCUUAAAAAAUAGAAUCUAUUGAAUAAUGAAAAAUAUCCUAUGCACAGGAAAAUGAGGGGAGCUGACUUUAUAUAUAAAUUCUUAACAAUUCCAAUUUUUGUAUUAAAAUUUACUAAAAGUUAAAUUACAGUGUCUGGAACAGAAUUGCUUUCAUCUCUACUUAGAAAAUUAUGGGAGAAGAUUACCCAUAUUGCAGAACUAACGUUAACCUAAGAGUAAAAGCUUACACAAGUGAGCAAAUGCGUUCAAGCAGGUUUAAAGAGGAGAGGUGAGGGAGACUUUGACAACACAAUACAGAGAUCCAGAUGUCUUCCUACUGCUGUGGUUGGGACAACAGCAGACCGACACAUAGCAGAAAGCUUUAGGUAUUUUGAUAUCUCUGUUGACAGUGGAAAAUGAAAAUUUAUUCUUUAAAAUUUUCAGUCUGUAUAAAAUGGGUUGUCGGUUGUUGAUUGCUGUAUGAAGAGGACUUUUUCUCAUGGACUUGUGUGUGUUUAAGUAUACGUGCAUACAAGCUUUCCAUAAAAGAUCAUUUAAUAGAGAAGUCAGUAAAAUUGUUUUGUGAUGCUUCUGCUAAGCCAUUCAGAGGAAAAUAAAGGGCUGCUUGACAAUUACUCCAGCUUAGGAUCUGGUGCAGAGUUGGCUGCUGGUGAAAGCCAUCAAUAAAGCAAAUAGAAAGGGACUAGAAUUUUCUGAUGAAAAAAUAUGAGUGUAGAAGACUCUGUAAAGUACGGGCAGCCCUCUUUGAUAUAUCAGUGGCCUACUGUACAACACCAUUAUCUGGCUACAAGGAGCUUCACGAGGAAGGAUUUGUUCCUGGUGGAGUUCCUCUGUCUAUGGAGUACGUUUGACAGCUGGAAAAAGAACAGUACUUCACUGCUGAGAACCUGACAGCAGUCAAAUGGAAAUGGCGAUCAAUAUUUAUGAACUUUAACAUUCAUCCAAACCCGGGUAAAAUCUCUUUGUUGGACAGGUGAAGGUCAUUGUGUUUUCUGAAAGCAACUUGAAAGUUCUUUUUAUGGUAGCGAAGAUGAAAGAUGCGCUGCUUGGGAUGUUUAGAGAUCUGGGAUUAAGCAUCAAAUCAUACUUUUAGGUGGUAACACUUGGUAAAGUUUCUUAUCCAUUACAAAUCUCUACUAGCUACCUCCUUUGACAUUCUUGCUCUAUUUAUAAUAACCAAGCACUUUAUAGUUCAGUAAAGAACGGAAGGUAGCUAUGAAGAAUAAAUUGCAUUGUUUGGUGUAAGAAAUAUUUCGGCAAAAUUUCUUCUGAGAUGAGUUUCAUUGUGUGAUGUCCUGCACUAAGGGGACAUCUGAUUAUAAUGAUGUAUAUAAAUUUUUAACCUAGUUGUAAUGUAAAGGAAAUGUUUUUAAGAGAGUGAAUUAUGAAGAGUUCAGCGUGGCUUGGUAUCAACCAUAUAACGAUUCAGUGUGCUAUUUAUAACUCCCUAAUUACUGAAAUUGAAAAUAUAAAAGCAAAUAAAAUACUCUGUAGUGUAUCUUUAUUUUUAAUCUAUGCGUGGGAUGUCAAACAUUGUACUUGUCUUGUGGACAGGACAUGCUUUUAUGAGCCUAUAAAUAUUUAAGUAUAUGAGAAUCUGCACCCAAGUGGAACAUGUUGCAUGUAAAUUAUCUUCUAAGUUUUUAAAUUUUGGUAUUUUUAAAAAUUUGCUAGGUUUGAAAGCAGCAUUUAAAUAUUAAUAGUAAGCUGUGACACAGAACAUAACAUUUUGAAUGCAAUGCGGGUUUUGUUUAUAGUAACCUUAUUCCAGUUUCACAAGAGAAAUCCACCAUAUGAUUGGGGGAAAGGAGGAAAAGGGCUAAUCAUGAGCUUGGCUGUAUAAUUUGCACACUUAAUAUGCACACAUCCUGGAUUUGUUUCUAGCAUGCGUGUACCAAACAGUGUUUUCUUUAAUAUCAACAGAUACCUAUAUAUGUAGAAUAAUUUAACACGUAAGCACAGCUAACCUGAUAUAAAACCAAAUUACAAAAAAUGUUGGGAACAAAUGAGUUACAAGUUAGGCGUAAGUCAUGGAGCCUGUAAUUCAAAAAUGUUUAUAUAAUCUUCUGUCUAGGAAGAAACUUGGCAAAUAUAUCUAACUUACGUGCAGAGCAAGGACGAAAACUGUAAAUUCUGCCAGGCUGAUUUCUGGUAAAUCUUGACAAUCUGGUUUGGAGUAAAUACUAAUAUGGUCACAAAAUGUCAGGAUCGCAUUAUGAAAUUCAAACAGUAAUGUGGCCUGAUUGCAGUAGCAAUCUGUAUCACGGCACAAGAACUUAAAAAUGCAAUAUAACAAUUCUGCAGAUUGGUGAUAAAAGUAAUCAGUUGUAGUAAGGCGAAUGAUUAAGUAUUAUGGGUUUAAAUUUACUUUUUAUUAUUAAAAAUAUUUCUGAAUUACUUGUUUGCAUUUCAGUGGUAUUGUAAAGCUUUUCUAUACUUUGUUUGAACAGUUUAGGAGCUUGCAUAAAAUGAUAUUGGAUGAUUAUUUUGUUUCCCCCUUGAUAUAUGCAAUAACGUCAAUAAGCAAUAAAUUGCAUGUUGUAUGCAAGGUAUUGGUACUUCAUAAUAAAGGAAAGGAACACAG